CCAAAGAUCCCAAAGAUCCCAAAGAGCCCGGCCAUGCCGGCGGGCGGCGGCGCCUCCUCCGCGCCCCCCCAAACCCGGGGUCCCCCGCGCCCCCCGGCCCCCCUGGACCCCCUCGGACGCUUUGUGUUGUUCUUGGAAAGUUUCGCACCACUUGUGAAUUCCCUGAACCUUGGCCUUGCCAGCCCCCUUGUGUUGGGCCCUCCUCCUUUUCAGCUUGCCCAAAUUAAGACCCACUUGGCUCUCCAGCACUUGGCUGCCAGCGGCGGGCGGGCAGCUCCCCACGCUGGCGCCCGCCAGGCAUUGCUGAAAGACGCAAUGUUUAGCCCCAGAGGAACCUUGCCCCCGAGGCCCAGAGGACCCAACCCGUCGGGCAGCAAACCCCCGGGAGGUUUUGGGGCCGGAGGCGCGGCGGGGCCGCCCAGGAAAGCCGCACCCGCGACGCCCCAAGGAGCGCCCCAGAGAUUCUCGGGGCAGGACGGGCUGCAGUGGACGGGUUCGCAGAGGAUCAACGUCCGCGUCACGCUGCACAGGGCCGAUCCCAGGAAGGUCAAGGAGAAGACCGGCCUGCACCAGGAGCAGAAGGGAGAGCCACGCGCCAGUCGCUGGGAUGGCGGCCCCUGCCCCGCCAGCACCGCCGGGCCGAAGCCGCCCGGCCCAGCGCCGGUCUUGGAGCAGAACUCCAACCCCCAGAACCGCUACACGCCUGAAAGCGCCUCCAGCAUUUUAGCGAGCUUCGGGCUGUCCAACGAAGACCUGGAGGAGCUGAGCCGCUACCCCGAUGACCAGCUGACGCCCGAGAACAUGCCACGGAUCCUGCGGGAGAUCCGCAUCCGGAAGAUGGGCCACGCCGUGUCUGGUCUGCACGCUCCGAGCCGGGGGGAGGAGCCGGUGGGCGAGAGCAGCGGCACCACCGUCAAGAGCAAAGUGAUCGACUACGGCCACGCCAGCAAGUACGGCUACACCGAGGACCCGCUGGAGAUCCACACCUACAACCCCGAGGCGCUGCCCGAGGAACCGCUGGAAGCGCGCGUCUACAAUCCCGAAAGCUCAAGCGCGGAGAUCCGGGAAGAAUUCCAGCGGGAGCAGAGCGUGCCGGUGGCCGUCCCGCCGCCCAACGUGCCGUGCAACCCCGUGUUCCCGGCCGAAGACCUCAUCAAGCUGCCGGCUUUCCCCACUGACUCCUCUCCCACUCCGUCGUUUUUCCCGGCCGAGCCGCCGGCCAAGGUGCCGGUGCUGUGCAGCACUGCGCCCGCCGCGCUGCCGGUGGUGAAGCCGGUGUCCCAGCCGCCCAUGCCGCCGGUGCUGCCGCCCAUACUGCCGGCGCUGCUGCCCACGCCGCUGCCGCAGCCCAUGCUGCCCCCGGUGAUGCCGCCGCUGGUCCAGCCGCCCGUGUCCCAGCACGUGUUGCCGCCCUUGACGCCGCCGCCCUUCUCGGCCGGGCUCCUGGCCGCCAUCAGCCAACACGAGCAGAAGCAGCGCGACGCCGGCAGCGCCCAUCCCGGGCCCAGCACUGCCGGCGGGACCUCGGCGGGACACAAACCCUACCACAAACCCUUCCACCCACCGGCACAGGAGCCCAUCAAAUCCCCGUUCGGGGUGGUGAAGGCGUCCUGGCUGCCCGUGUUCCCCGACCAGAAGAGCAAACGCCUGCCCACCCCGUCCAUGAUGAACGACUACUAUGCCACGUCGCCGCGAAUAUUCCCACAUUUGUGUUCUCUGUGUAACCUUGAAUGCACUCAUAUGAAGGAUUGGAUCCUGCACCAGAACAACCCCGCCCACCUCGAGAGCUGCCGCAGGCUGCGCCAACAGUAUCCCGAGUGGAAUCCUGAGGCUCACUCCUCCAGCAGUCCUGGAAUUCCAUCAGGAUUUAUUCCACAAUUCCCCCAAUCCCAGGUGGCUCCAAUCCAAGGUGGCUCCAAUCCAACCUUUCCUUGGAUUAAAGAAAUCCUGGAAUUCCAUCAGGAUUCAUUCCACAAUUCCCCCAAUCCCAGGUGGCUCCAAUCUUUCCCUUGGACACUUGUAGGGAUGACAAAUCCCAGGAAUUCCGGAAUCCCACCCAGCUUUCCUCCCCAGCCCCCUCCAGCCUCCCCCGCCCCCGGCAGUGCCAGAGCCGCGGGAAUGCGGGAUUUGGGAUCGUGUGUGUUGCAGCUGCUGCGGGAGGAGCUGCUGAGCUGCGGCACCGUGCUGCACAUCUCGGAGCUGCCGGACUCGGGCUUCUCCGACCAGGACAUCAAGCGGCUGGUGCAGCCCUUCGGGAAGGUCAGCGACCUCAUCGUGCUGCGCUCCCGCAACGAGGCCUACCUGGAGAUGAACUACAAGGAGGCCGUCAUCGCCGCCGUCAAGUUCGGGGAGACGGCGCCGGUGCUGCUCAACGGGAAACGCGUCCGGAUCAGCGUGGCCGAGAGAGCGCCGGUGGGAAUGCCGGCCGCGAGCGGGAAUUCCGGCCGGGAAUGCCGGCCUCCGGCAGUUCCGGGAGCUGGGCCAUUCCCUGUGUUCCAGGCCUACCUGGAGAUGAACUACAAGGAGGCCGUCAUCGCCGCCGUCAAGUUCGGGGAGACGGCGCCGGUGCUGCUCAACGGGAAACGCGUCCGGAUCAGCGUGGCCGAGAGAGCGCCGGCGAAAAAAACGGUGAAAAAAAAAGUCCUGAACCCCAAAAAAACGCCAACAACCACCAAGAAAGUUCCCAGCACCAACACCAAGAGCCCCAAAGUCCUGACAGGGAAAAAGGAAAAAGUGAAGAAAACGUUGGGAGAGAAGAAAGUGAAGAAAGCCCCAGAGGGGGAAGGAAAAACAGCGCUGGAGGAUUCCGGGGUUCCGGCCGAGGCCGGGCUGGGAAUCCCGGGCUUGGAGCCCUCCGACCCCAAAAACCCCAAUCCCAAAAAUCCCAAUCAUCCCCAUCCCAAGGAUCCCGAUCCCGAACCCUCCCCGGAGCAGGACGGGCCCCAGGAGGCCGGGACAGCCCUGGAGGCGGGGCCAGAGGCUGCGGUGAGCGAGGAAGGCACGGACCCCGGCGGGGAGGAAGCGAUUUUCCUUGCUCUCAUCAAGGAGGCCGAUCCCAAGGCGGACGCCGCCUCUCUCCGCUCUCACCUGGUGCACCUGGGGAACCUCCCUGCCGAGGGCUUCCGCGAGCUGGAGCUGGUGUGUGUGGGGCUGAGGUUCGGCAAGGUGGAGCACUACGCCGUGCUCAGCAACCGCCACCGGGCCAUCCUGCAGCUGGACAGCCCCAAAUCCGCACGCUCCAUGCACAGCUUCCUGCAGCAGUAUCCUUAUUCCAUAGGAGAACACACACUCACCUGCUCCUUGUCCUCCCACGGAGACAUUCCUGAGGCUGAAACCGCUAAAAGGGAAGUGAAGAGAGAAGACGGGAGCAAAGGAAGCUCUGGCUUGAAAAAAAUUCCAGAGGGAUCAGGAACGGUGCAAAAACCAGCUGGAAAUCCAUCGGGAGAGGCCAGGAAAGGCCAAAUUCCCACCCCAAAUGUUGCUGAGGAGAUUCCAGCGGGACAAGUGGAGAUUCCCGAGUCGCAGGCAGGAGCAGCGAGGGAAUCGCCCGCAGGGAUGGACGUGGAGGGAUUGGAUCCUGGAAUUCCCGUGGAUCCUGCUGGCAGCAAAUCACCCGGAGCAAGGUCGGAGGAGAAACCAGCGCCGCUUUCCGGAGCGGGGACGGACAAAGCCCGGGAUGAGCCGGAGCUGGGAAUCCAAAAAGAGGAUGAGGAACCCUCUGCUCCCGCUGUGGAACCUCUGGAAUCAUCCAGCAAGGCCAUCCCAGCAGCCGGAGGAACGCCAGGAGCCAUCCCUGGAAUGUCCCCGAGCUCAGAGGAGGUUCCUGCAGUGUCACCCGGUGUCACCCAGCCCAGCACGGAGCCGGCUGCUCUGGAAAAAACUCCCGUUCCUGAGGCUGGGAAAGGCAGCCAUGAAACGUCCACGGAGAGGAGAGCUGUCCCAAAAACUGUGGAUGCUCCAGGGAAAAAACUGGAUGUGGCUGGAGCGGAGAGAGAGGCGACAGCGGAGGAAUCCGUGCUCAAAAUCGGGGAAAAUCUGGGGAAGAUUGUGGGCAAGGCUGGGACAGAGCCAGAGAAAAAACCUGGAAAAAUAUCAUCCAAGGGUGGGGAGAACUCUGGGAAUGCUGUUGGUGAGAUGCCCAGGGGAAGUUCAGUUAAAAUCCCACAAAAUAAAGGGAUGGGAGCUGCAAAAUCCGACGAAAGCCGCACGGCAGCUCCGGUAAAUCCCACUGCAUCCCUGAAGGAAUCUUGCAUUGGGAAAACCUUUUUGAAGGCAGUGGUGUCUGUCCCGGACAUCCUGAAGCAGAGAAUUCCCGUCAGGAUCACCGAGCCUUCCCUGGGAAGAGCUGGGGAGCAGAAAAUCCCCCCCAAAGCGGGGCUGGAGAAGAAAAUCCCACCCAAAACCACGGCUCAGGCGGGAGCUGGGAACAGCCAGUGGAAAGGGAAUGGAAAUGCUGGAGUGGAAGCACAGGGAGAUGGCGGGAAGGGCUCAUCCCAGCAGGAAAAGGAUUCCCAGCUGGAAUCUCGGGCGAGUUCCAAGCAGAGCCAGCAGGGAGAGAGCGGAACAGCUGGCACGAGGGAAGAUCCCAGUGGGAAUCAGGCUCCUGGUGGGGGCGGUGCUGCAGCUUGGAAAAGCGGCGCUGGCAGCGCUGGAAAACAGAAGGAGGAGGAAGAGCUCUUCCCGUUUAACCUGGACGAGUUCGUCACGGUGGACGAGGUGCUGGAGGAAGCCGAGUCUCCGGUGGUGCCGCGGCGGAACCCCCCGAGGGGGAAGAGAAAAGAAGCCCCCAAAGCCAACCCUACGGAGCCGGCGUCCAAGAAGAGGAAAGGGAAGAGUUGCGGAGCCGAAGGUGAGCUGUCCUUUGUCACCUUGGAUGAGAUCGGGGAGGAGGAGGACGCCCCGGUGCCGCUGCCGGGCGUCGACCCCCAGGGCCUGGUGGUGGUGGAUGAGGUGGUGGAAGAGGAGGAGCUGUCGGAAGCGGUGAAGGAUCCGCAGGCGCUGCUGACGCUGGAUGAGAUCUCGGAGCAGGAGGAGCCAGGCUCCCAUGGGAAUGGGCCCCGGGUGGAAUUCGAGGAGCGGGAUCUGAAGGCCGAGCCCUUGGUGACCGUGGAUGAGAUCGGGGAGGUGGAGGAGCUGCCCCUCAACGAGCCCACGGAGCUGCGCGCCGCCGAGGAGGGAAAAACCAAUCCCAGGGAUUGCGCGGCAUCCCAGGUGCCCGACGAUCCCAACGCCUUGGUGACUGUGGAUGAGAUCCAGGAGGACAACGAGGACAAUCCUCUGGUGACUCUGGAUGAGGUUAAUGAGGAUGAGGAUGACUUCCUGGCCGACUUCAAUCACCUCAAAGAGGAACUAAACUUUGUUACAGUCGACGAAGUCGGCGAUGAGGAAGAAGAAAACACUUUCCCAGGGAAGAACCCGCCCGAGGAUGAAGAUGACGAAGAUAUUGUUGCUGUUGCAGGACCAGAAGAAAUGGGAAUUUUAGGAGAUACAAAUCCAGAGGAUGAAAUGGCUGAAAUCUCCAAGCCAAAAGCAGCUCAGCUGGGAUCAGAAGAUGCAGAACCAAAGUCUCAGCAGAAGAAAACGACUUUGCAAGGUGUCCCCAAGACGCAGAGCACUCCCAAAGCUCUGGACAUCCUGGUGCCAAAGGCCGGAUUCUUCUGCCAGAUCUGCUCCCUCUUCUACGCCGACGAACCCUCCAUGAUCAACCACUGCAGGACCCCCCUGCACCGGCAGAACAUGGAGAAAUUCAUGGCCAAGCAGCAGGACAGCGGCGGGGAGGAGCCGAGCUCCAGGUGAUGGAGCUCCCCAGGAACGACACUUCGGGGCCAGUCAGUUCUGUGUGUUUGGAUUUCCUUUGUCAUUUGGGGUCGGGAAGGACCUUCCAUGAUGUAAAAAAUCGGAGCUGGGAACAGACUAAACCCAAAGCAGGAGAGGGUUGGAUUUGUGUCUCCAAUCGUCCGACGUGGGAGAGACUGUUCCAAGUGUCUCCAGGAAAUAAAUGUUCUUACUGUAUAGUUACCCAGG